GCGCCGUCGCGGCGCGAUGACGUGAGCGGGAGCGCGCGGCGGCGGGUCCCGGCCUCUCCGCCAUGGCGAAGACCGUGGCCUAUUUCUACGACCCGGACGUGGGCAACUUCCACUACGGAGCGGGGCACCCCAUGAAGCCGCAUCGCCUGGCGCUGACCCACAGCCUGGUCCUGCACUACGGGCUCUACAAGAAGAUGAUCGUUUUCAAACCAUACCAGGCAUCCCAGCAUGACAUGUGCCGAUUCCACUCCGAGGACUACAUAGACUUCCUGCAGAGAGUGAGUCCCAAUAACAUGCAGGGAUUCACCAAGAGCCUCAAUGCCUUCAACGUGGGCGAUGACUGCCCAGUGUUUCCAGGCCUCUUUGAAUUUUGCUCUCGCUAUACUGGGGCCUCCCUGCAGGGAGCAACACAGCUGAACAACAAGAUCUGUGAUAUUGCAAUAAACUGGGCGGGGGGCCUGCAUCAUGCCAAAAAGUUUGAGGCUUCUGGGUUUUGUUAUGUUAACGACAUAGUUAUUGGCAUCCUGGAGCUGCUCAAAUAUCAUCCACGUGUUCUAUAUAUUGAUAUUGAUAUCCAUCAUGGAGAUGGUGUGCAGGAGGCUUUCUACUUGACGGACCGUGUCAUGACAGUGUCAUUUCAUAAAUAUGGGAACUAUUUCUUUCCUGGUACAGGUGACAUGUAUGAAGUUGGUGCAGAGAGUGGUCGUUACUACUGUCUCAAUGUGCCUCUACGAGAUGGCAUUGAUGACCAAAGUUAUAAACACCUCUUCCAGCCAGUCAUUAACCAGGUGGUAGAUUACUAUCAGCCCACCUGCAUAGUACUGCAGUGCGGUGCUGAUUCUCUGGGUUGUGACCGUUUGGGUUGUUUUAACCUCAGUAUAAGAGGACAUGGGGAGUGCGUGGAGUAUGUAAAGAGCUUCAACAUCCCCUUGCUGGUACUGGGAGGAGGUGGUUACACAGUUCGCAAUGUGGCACGAUGCUGGACUUAUGAAACGUCAUUGCUUGUAGAUGAAGCAAUUAGUGAAGAGCUCCCGUACAGUGAGUACUUUGAAUACUUUGCUCCAGACUUCACCCUUCAUCCUGAUGUCAGUACGAGGAUUGAAAAUCAGAACUCCAGGCAGUACUUGGAUCAGAUCAGGCAGACGAUAUUUGAGAAUCUGAAGAUGCUGAACCAUGCUCCCAGCGUGCAGAUCCAUGAUGUCCCUUCUGACUUGCUCAGCUAUGAUCGCACAGAUGAGCCUGAUCCAGAGGAAAGAGGCUCUGAGGAAAACUACAGCAGGCCUGAAGCUGCCAACGAGUUUUAUGACGGUGACCACGAUAACGACAAAGAGAGUGACGUUGAGAUCUGAGGGCUCUGAUGUGGGGCUCUGGACUGUGGGGGGUCCCGCAUUGGACAUGGGUGCUUGGAGCAGAUAACUGGGCCACGCAGGAGCCAGUUAGCCCUCCCUUCGUAUUUGAUUGCAUGCGGUGGCAGCAGAAACAACACUACUGCAAGCUUCCGCUACCUGGAGAGGCAGAGAGCAAUGAAAUGUGUUCCUUACUUUCCACCAUGUGUCAUGGUUCCAGCUGUCAGCACUCUGGGAAAUGGAAAUUCAAGUAGGCUCCAAUCUGUGCUGUGUACUGGAUGGCAGCUGUGCAGCUGCCUUCAGAGCCUGACCCAUGCCGGUUCAAUCACCUCCUGUAACUCCCAUGCAGGCUUCUGCCAGCAAGGUGGGAGCUGGUGCGGUUGUGCCUAUGAUCUCUGCCUCUCUUCAGCAGCAACACCUGAUACGUCGUACUCUGCCUGGCCCUCCACUCAGGUACCCAGUUGACUGUCCUCUGAAGCCUGCACUGAGAGUUGCUUCCUGAUGUCCCUUCUAACCAUCUGAUGCUCCACAGCUCAAGGAAAACUAUGCGAGAAGACAAGGCCAGCUGUGGAAUAGGGGUCAGGAGUGUCCCUGGAGCAGGGAGCAGCUUGAUGGAGCAGGAUGGAAGAAUGUAUGCAGAGCAUAGUCUUGUUCAUUCCCCACCCCACCCCCCUCAGUUUUGUGUUCACAAAUGAGUACUGCAACACUUUGCCAAGUUGGACCUAAAUUCCCUGUUUUCUUUAUUCUUCGAGAGGCUAAAAUCACUGUGGAACAGAGGUUUGGCUGCCAAGGUCAGUACAUAGUGUGUCUUGCACCUUUAAUGUAGCUUCCAGCUGUGUUUUCCAAGUUCACACAUGGCCCUUCUGUGUGUUAGCAAGAGAUUUGGGCUGCUUGCUCCGAGUGGAAACCAUUCCCUCUUGACUGUACCCAGGAGAUGUCGCUCUGCUUGUGGGUGAGGGGAAGCUGCUUCCUCCAAGUCCUGUCGUCUUGCCCUCACACAGCAGAGAUUUCUCUUGGCCAUCCCUCAAAUCCCAGACUUUGCUGCUCCUCCGCUGGAGUCAUCACCUGGUACCUGUCGUGGUUUGGAGUGUGCCAUUUGGGGAGGCGAGAGGGGUUUAGCCUCAGACUGUCUGUACUGUUCUGUUUGUUUACCAAUGUCUUUAAACAUUAAAUGAAGAGGCAGUAUUUUUCUUACCUGA